AUGGAAGGUACUAUAACGAAUCUUAACGAGAGUGGUGAUUCGGGUAAAACGACUACAGACGCUCAAAACACUACAUCAGAUAGCACUGAAGCAGUAGAAAUGAAAACGGAUGUGUCGUGUGCAGAGGAAGUGCAGAAGGAGACAGAGGUUUCGAAUGGUAAUGCAGAUCAUUCGCCUGAUGAUGAAGAGAAGGAUCAACGAGAUGGCGACAGCAGUGGCUUAGAUGAGGAUGAAUAUGAAGUAGAACGUAUUUUGGGAGUGAAAAUAGAUGAAGGAAUGCUGAAGUAUGAGGUUCGAUGGAAGGGUUACGGAUCGGGAGAAGAUUCAUGGGAGCCAGAAGAGAAUCUCGAAUCGGCAAGGCUUAUUCUUGAUGAAUACAUCGCAAAUAAUAUAGAAAAGAGGAAAAAUCUGAAGGCACCAAAAAGAUCAAAUCGACGGAGCAAUCGCGUGAGUGACCCAAAAGUGAAAUUGUCUGACAGUGACACUGACAAUGACGAUGAUGCGAGCGACAGAAUGAAAGAGCAGAAGAAGGAAGAGAAUGAUAACGGUGGAGAGAACUCUUCAAAUGAGUCUGAUGAUGACGAUUUUGCUUCGUUACCGCGACCUCGUAAAAAAAAGAAGAAAACGAUCCAGCAUCCUAGGGCUACAAGAGAGAGCUCACGUCGUGGUGAAGAACCAAUUUCGAAGGAACCUUGUCCACGAAAUCCGAAAUACGCAUGGCUCUAUGAUGAUACAGAGGAUGUUGAAUUGGAUGAUGAUUCUGAACGAAAAAAUUUGUCCAAAAAAGAGAAUGAAACUGGAGAAGUAUCACCGAGAAGCAAAAAACGUUCUGUGCCAUCGUCGACUCGAAGCAGGAAAUCGCCAAGUAAAGAAUCAGAUCCAAUUAAACGCAACAGCAGCAAUCUUUCCAUCGAUGUCGAUGAGCAAGUAAAACGCAAGCGAGAAACUAUCACAUCUGAAAUGAAAAAGUCGACGAACGGUUCGACACAGAAUGGUUGUGUUAGUGAUCCAAAGGGAGAUGAACAGUUCGAAAUAGCUGGUGUUUUGAAAUUGGAGUGUGGUUCAGUGAAAGUACUCUGUCGGAAGAAUGGCGAUACCAUCUCAGAACUUGUUUCUGUUCAAGAGAUGGUUAAGAGAGAUGCGUUGAAAUUCGUCAAUUAUCUCUUAUCAAGGGGAGUGUUUUCGCAAGAUUCAACAGCGUAA